AUGCGAACGGCGAUCUCACCGCGAUUUGCGAUCAGCAAAGUCUUCAAUUUCUCCAUUGUGACAGCAUUGAUAUCGACUUCUGGGAAUUUGCAAAUAGAUAUUAGUAUACCAAACUCCAUUCGGCCGAGGUUCACCUCCAGACAAGCUUAUCACGGUCUCCAAGUCUCCAACAUGAAACGCCAAGAACCUGGAUAUCCCCGGAUCGGAUCAUUUGGCUUAUCUUUCGCCUUUCAUGUCUUCUCAAGCGAGAGAACACAAACGGGUGUACCAGAACCCAGAUCGCAAAACGCGACUGGUGUUCCUGGUUUGGCAGUGUCUCACGGCAAUCUACCUCCUGUUGUAGAGGAAGAGAGUCAACCCUUCCCGGAAGAUGGACGUGCUGCAGCUGCUUUGCUCGAGGGUCACCCCCGAACGUAUCAUGACGCAUUGACAUUGCUAUCAGAGGCUUGUGAGCACAGUGAGGCCCGAAAGGAGUCAACUAAUGGCUCGCCGCCGUCCAAUACUCCCCUAAGCGCCAGGCCAAAUCCCACUGACCGAGCACUGGGGAUUCAUACCGAUACAGCCACCAACAAGGGCACCGAUGAGGCUCUACACGCUUGGUCCAACGUCCGUUUUGUCCGUGGUGGACUUUUCACAGCGGAGGAAGCUCUAGACAUGGUUGAUCAUUUUUAUAACUUCCAGUCAGCCUUCUCGCCCGUUGUGCCGGAAUCCUUUCGCAGUCAUUCCCAGCACGCGACGCUGAUCGAGGAGGAGCCCGUAUUGACUAUAGCGAUAUUGAUGAUUGGAUCGCGUUACCGAAAGUGGACAGGACCGGCUGCGGUUGCACGUUCCUAUAUUGUUCAUGAUCGGAUUUGGAGAUAUUUACAGGGAAUGAUUUCCCAAUUGUUUUGGUCGGAGGACCUAUUCGUAGGUGAAUUUCUUUCUCUCAAAGACCCUUUUCCUAGUCCUAGGAGAGGCCCGCGACCGACAUAUAUGGACAGCUGGUCGCACGGGUUCCGCACGUUAGGGACGUGCGAGGCAUUGUUGCUGUUGCUAGAUUGGCAUCCUCGGGCUCUCCACUUUCCACCCCCCGACGAGGAUACGUCGUCAAUCGUGAUCCCUGAGCCGAAACGACCGCGCAAAAGUGCUAGUACCACUGGAUACUACGGGCCCGGGUCCGGACAUGACUGGCUCGCUCGAUCAGAUCGCCUAUGCCACUCUAUGCUUUCCACUGUUUUGAUGCUGGCAACCGAGAUGGGUAUUUUCUGCGAGGAUAAUUCAUUUUGGCAAGAUGAAAUCAGAAACGACCAUCUGAAGAUGGCUCGUGACCAAGAGAGAUUUCACCGUAUACGGUGCUUGAUAUGGGUUUAUGCGACGCAACAGCCGGGUCGACCAGGAGGGAGGAAUCCAGCGCAAUGCACUCCCACAAAAAGCCCAGGCAUGAGGAAUGAUGAUGCGACGGAAUGCUGGAUGCGCGUCGCAACUAUCACGAAGAAUGCAAACGACCUUCUCUUUGUAUCGCCAAAAUAUACAGGGGAAAUUAUUCGCAAUGGGCAAUACCUUCAGAUUGUUCACAGCCUCGAGCCACUUCUAAACGAAUCAAUUGUCGAGUUUGAUUAUGCCAAGUUGGCAAAGAAAACGCGAAAUAUCCUGAGCAUCGAAUACGAGUACGCACAACUCUGUGUUUUCGGCCUUGCUUUGCAGGCUGUAAUCAGCCGAAAUCGCCGUGAUAAUAUAAGUUCUAGGCAAGAGAGAUGCUCACGAGGUACUUCACCGGAAGAGGAGAAAUAUCUGAGAGGAACUGUUAGGGCUGCUCGGGCUAUACUUAAAACGGUGUUGGAUGAUCUAGUUCCUCAUGGAAGUUUAACGUAUAUCCCUGUUCGAUCAUACUCCAGGAUUCUCGGUGCGACUUUGAUUCUUCUCAAGUGCUGUGCGGCCGGAAUUAGCGAGAUCGACGUACCAAUGUCCCUUGAUCUGGUUCGGCGAGUCGCUGUUGGCCUUCGUAACUCUGCAGUCGAUGAUACGCACUUGAGUACGCGCUGGGGCGAUCUUCUCGAAAACCUCGCUAGUAGGCUGCAGUCGCGCCUAGCCCAACCACCCACGCCGGAAGCGUCUUUUAUGAGGCCCCCAUCCUUAGCAACUAUGUCAAAAGAUCAAUCUAACGCCUCUCAUGUACCUCAUGCAAUACAGCCAUCGACAAUACAUUAUUCCCCUCAAGAUAUACAGACUCGAGUUAAUCUUGAACACAACCAUAUCUUGGAUCUCAACCAGUCGAGUUCGCUUGAUGCUAAAUAUGACACACAGUUCGAUGGGUGCUCAAUGUGGUGGGAGGAUCAAUUUUCUCAGGUGAAUCUUAAUUACAUGUCUUGGUUUCCAACUUUGGGUCUUGUGGGUGGAAGUGGAAGUGAUCCCCUGCUUUCAAACGAUUCCGCUGACGGUAUGUUCGAAAGUGCUGGAUCAACCCGUUAA